AAUUGCGCAUGCGUAGAUACACGUGUUGACAUUUCCGACAGAUGUCACCCACAUGUACUCUAGUAAACUUAUCUAAUCAAUGGAAAGUCAAACACGACUAGAAUGCACGUCACAGACUGAGAGGUGAAAGACGAUAGUGACCGGUAGGAUGAGACAGGGGAAAGUCUUCAUCUGGUUUCUUUUUAUGCUGUCUCUGGUCCUGGCUGGAGAAGACUUCUAUGAACUGUUAGGAGUAGAAAGAUCUGCAACUGUCAAAGAAAUCCGGAAAGCAUUUAAAAGAUUAGCUAUAACGAAGCAUCCUGACAAAAAUCUAGAUGAUCCUACAGCUCACCAGAACUUCCUUAAAAUAACUCGUGCUUACGAGGUCCUGAAGGAUGAUGAGUUGAGGAAGAAAUAUGACUUGCAUGGAGAGGAAGGAUUAAAGGAAGACUUCCACGGAGGAGGGCAGUACGAGAGCUGGAGCUUUUACAACGAGGAGUUUGGCAUAUACGAUGAUGAUCAAGAAAUUAUCACGCUAAGUCGAUCUGAUUUUGAGCAGUCAGUGGAUGAGACACAGGACAUUUGGUUCAUCAACUUCUACUCCCCGCAUUGUUCCCACUGCCAUGAACUGGCACCUGCUUGGAGAGAAGUGGCAAAAGAACUGGAGGGAGUUAUUCGUAUUGGUGCAGUGAACUGUGAGGAUGACUACAUGCUGUGUCAACAGAAUGGCAUUCACUCUUUCCCCUCGCUUGUUAUGUUUCCAGAUAGAGAAAAAUACCAUGGCAACAGAGGUAUUCGUGACCUGGUGAGGUAUGCCCUGAAGUUUGUGAAAGCUGACGUAAUUGAACUUUGGGAGGGAAAUUUCCAGACAUCUUUGGAUGAAAAUUCUGAUAAGCCCUGGUUGAUUGCAUUCUGUGGGGAAGAGGCCUGCUUGUCAAGGACCAACAGACUGAAGCUGUCAGCCAUUCUGGCAGAUGUGGUAAAUUUUGGAACUCUUAGAUGUAAACACAAUGAAAACCUAUGUGCUAAACUAGGAAGAGAGCAUGGUAUCAUUUACUAUGGCACAGAUGAUGUAGCAAAAGAUAAAGGCACAGAAAUAUCUGGAUCAGAUCCACAGGAAAUUGCUUUUCAAGUUAUGUCUCAGCUACCAGAUGUCAAAAAUCUGGACAAAGAUAUUUUUGAGAAUAUAGUGAGAAAGAUGAGUAAUGGCCAGGACAAGGACUGGUUGGUACAUUUUGUUGAUGAUGAGGAACACCAGGAUAUUGAGUUUCGGAAACUACCAGCCAUGCUUCCGCAGUUCAGGGUGGGAAGAGUCAACUGCAGGAAGUUAUGGAAUGUUUGUAGAAAGCUCCAUGUCAACAAAUUCCCAGCUUUUUAUGUCUUUAAAAGAAGUGGAGGGUAUGAAAUUUAUUAUGGUCGAGCCACAUCACAUGAUGUGUCUGCCUUUGCAAGAGACAGUGCAGGCACUAAGCUAGUUUCCCUAGGACCUGAUGACUUCAACCCCAACAAAGUGGGGCCCAGCAGCAGGGAACCCUGGUUCGUUGACUUCUUUGCACCGUGGUGUCCUCCGUGCAUGAGGUUGCUGCCUGAGUUCAGAAAAGCAGCCCGGGACUAUGAUGGUGGGGUAAAUUUUGGAACUGUGGAUUGCACAAUUCAUGGUGACCUUUGUCAGACGUAUAACAUACGUUCUUACCCUACCACAAUUUUCUACAACCAGUCCAUUCCUCAUCAGUACCAUGGUCAUCAUGACUCAUUUCACAUCCUAGAGUUUAUACAGGACACCUUGAAUCCCCCCUUGGUAAAUUUGGAUAGGGGGACCUUCAGGCAGCUGGUACAUGGGGCUGACAUAGGAAUGGUAUGGAUUGUAGACUUCUUUGCUCCCUGGUGUGGACCGUGUCAACAGCUGGCUCCAGAGUGGAGAAAACUGGCUAAGAUGUUGAAGGACUUUGAGGGAGUAAAAAUAGGCCAAGUGGACUGUCAGGCCCAGGGAGAUGUAUGCAGCUCUGAAAAUAUCCAAUCUUAUCCCUCAAUAAGAUUGUACAGCAAAAAUACUGAGGGACUGACACAGUUCUACCAGUACAACAGCUGGUCAAGAAAUGCUGUCAACAUCAUGUCAUGGAUGUUUGAAUCCAACUUAGUGCCUUCUUAUUUGGAGACUGUAAACCAAAAUACGUUUUACUGGACAGUGCUGAGAAGCUCCACACCCUGGUUGAUAGACUUUUAUGCACCAUGGUGUAACCAUUGUCACAUGUUUAGACCAAAGAUAGAAGUAGUGGCAAAAACUUUAAAGGGACGCGUAAAAAUUGGGAAAGUAAAUUGUGACAUGGAGCAGAGUCUGUGUCAACAAGUAGCACUGUCUGGCUACCCCUCCGUCAGAUUCUACAGGGGAAUCAGCCCAGGACAGGAUGCACAGCAUCCUUAUGGAGAGGACAUAGAAAUUUAUGAAACACAGGAUCUAUUACAUUACCUCAGGGACAUUCUUCCAAACGCAUCAGAACAGGUUUCUGAGAGCGACAGAAAUCCAUUAGAUCAUGAUGAGCUAUGAUAACAGCUUCACAUAGGAUUUACAUGUACAUAGGAGCACAUGAAUGAAUCAUUACACCACAUGUAUUUCUUCAUUGGAAUGACAGUGUUGACGAUAUUUCAUUGAAAUUUAUCAAUUGAAUCAUAUAUUUAUAUAGUGAAAAGAUCUGAUUUUGUGGUCAUCUGAUUCACUUGGGUGACACCUCUAUUGCUGUCUGCUUCCUCUGUCAUUGUACAGUGUGCCAUAACUUCCAUAAAUUACUAUUUCACUUUAGACCAACUGAACAGAUUUCAAAACUUUUGGUAUAUAUGUAUUUCAUCUUUUGGUUGGGAUCAAAGAUUUUGAAUUUGGAAGUCAUUUUUCUCUUGGGGUUUUAUAGGGAUGAGGGAAAACUUCCAAAUAUAAUGCAACCUUUGAAAAUCUUUUCUAAUUCAUGACCAAUCUUUUGUAUAAUUUUGAGCUAAAUGCCAUAUGCUAGAAUUGAAAAAAAAUGUGUUACUGGGCAUGGGUUUGAGGUCCUGGUAUUGGGAAAUGUUGAUCAUAUUUUUAAAAAGAUGGAAUAGAUCUAUAUGAAAAUUUUCUGUACUCUCUUUCAUUUAACCAAGGGAAAGUGUGCGUAAAUAUAAUGAGAAAUGACCUCUGUAGCGGGAUUGUGAAAUUCCUGUCAGGAUAUGGGAUUUCCAGACUUCAGGAUGGAGCUAAUUUCGAGGUUUAAACAUGAAGAUGUUGCACGAAUGCAUGUAUAUGAUGUAUGCAGCCUUUCUCAUUGUCAUAUUUGUAUAUGUUUUACAUUAAGGCUAUUGGGUAUGUCUCUAGUACAUGUAUCUAUACAAUUUUACUUUUCGCUAAUAGCAAUAUACUUUGCAAUAUGCAAAUUAUAGGUAUACAAGUUUGUAAAAGGCAAAUUUUCAGUGAAGAGCAUGGUUUCCUUGACAGGUGACUAUGAUUUCUGUAUAAGAUUUCUGAUUAUAUGUUAUAGUAUUUAAAAAAUGAAAUUCCAGAGAUUUUGAUUAACACCUAGCAUUACAAAUAGAAUGUAACAUUUUAUAUAGACCAUUAACCACUUUGCCUUGUCACUGUAGUGUGACCUUGCGGAUCGGUUUUAUAUGCAGCCAUUAAAGCCAUGCUGAUGUCUAAAUAUUUGUUUUCAUUUACAUGUAGUUAUUUUUUUUUUAUGUACACACUGUUCAAAUGCUUCAUAUAAACCUCUAUAAGGUUGUAUUGUUUUCAUUGAAAAAUAUAUAUCGAUAUUUGUGAAUUUUUUUCAACUUUUUUCGAUACCAGGUUAUACUUUUACAGAACUGUUGUUGAACUGCCUUUAAUGUACCUUUCCUAGUUGCACAUGUACAAAAUUUGAAUUGAUGUGAGUAUGAAUGUGUAAGCAAUUGAACAGUGUAUAAGAGUGUUGUGGGUAUCGUUGAAAGAAUUUUUUUUUUAGAACAAUUGAUGAAAGAUUAGUUUUCAUGCUGUAAGAUUUAUGUCUCAGUGUAUACUAUGUACAUGUAUACGUAUUUUAGCAGAUUUAGAAUUCAGCACAAUCAGAAUUGAUGCAGAAUUUAUACGUAUUUUAAUAGAUUUAAAAUUUAGCACAAUCAGAAUUGAUGCAGUAUUUGGUAUGAUCAAGGAAUCUGCAAUAAUGGAUAAAUAGAAAAAUUCUUAUUUACAAGUCCCACUAAACUAAAUGUACAUGUAGUAUAUAUGAUUUAUGAAUGAGAGACUGGAAAUCUAAUACAUUUUAGUUGGUCCUUGUUUUUGGUACAUAACAAUGCUUAUCAGGGUGGUGUAUAAUAUAUACCUAUAUAUAUACCUAGUUUUGGUUGUAAUAUACAAAUGUAAAAUUCAUUUUAAAAAAACAAAAGCCAGACAUGAUUUUCUAUGAUGUUCAAAAGCUGAAGUAUAUUUAAUCCCUGUCUAUGUAACUUUAUACAGAUUUUCCCCACUGUUUUGGACGUAAUUGAGAAGUCAUGGGAAUUAAUUACAUUCCACGUGGUAAAUUGUAUUCAGAUUUAUCUAUAAAAACAUAAAUUUAGUUUUCAUUUUUGGAAAAAAGUUUGUUAGUGAGGAAGUGUUAUUAACGGAACAAAAUUUUGCUUUUAAGGACAGGAUUUUAUGGUUUUCAGUACGUGCAGCCCCUGGUAAUCAUUAGCCAAGGGGCUGUUGUCAUUAUUAACAAUAGAGCUCCAGUCAGCAUUAGGCAAUGGGUAUUUUUGGAUUUUUAUAUAUAAUUUUGCACAGUAAGGGACUACUUCAUACUGCUUUUAUAAUCUUUUGUGUUUUGAUGGGAUAUUUACACAAUAUUUAAAGCCACCAUAUAAAUACAGUCACAGUAUGUUUGAACCUUAUAAGGUAUUUUGUUAAUUUUUAAAUAGAUUCACUUUUUCUCUCGGUUUAAUAUAACAUUGAAAUAUAUGUUUUUACAAUAUCAAUAUUGUCAAUGGCUUGAAUUUAUGUUUUCACAAAAAUUUUAAAACAGUAUUUUUUUUCAAAUUUAUAUAGAAAUAAGUGGAGAGCACUAUGUACCUUUGUAUUAACUACUCUCCAAAUAUUCUAUAUACAGUUUUCAGUGAUCCUGGAAGACAUUCACGUACAGGUACUUGUGUAUUUUUGUUGGUUUGACAGAGAAGCUUCACAAAUACUGUAGCGAAAUAUCUCUGUAUUUUUUUUUUACGCGAUUCUUAUUCAUUAACAUGUAUGAUACACCUAUUUUAAUGCUGCUGUUGAAUUUUAUAUAGGAGUUAAAUUUAAAUCCCUUUCUUUGUAUUGUUAAUUUUAUGAUUUUUGUUGUUGUAAGUUUAGCAUUUCCCUGUAUCUUUAAGAAAGGAAACUGUUGAAAUUCAAUGUAAGCGUUUAUGUGCCAAAGCUUGCGUAAACUUCUUCCAUGCCAGUAUUGAUGUUACAGGAAUGUGUAUAUGUCAGCCAAUGAUUGAUUGUAGAAACAUUCUUUAUUAUACAUAUGUUAAUGCAUGUUACAUACAUAUUUUACAGGGUUAUUUCUGAAAGUCCCAUUGUGUAUAAUAAAUAACUUGUAAGAUACUGUAAUUCUGUAACUGUGAUUUAUUCAUUAUUUUGUGGUGAGGAGUUUGAUGAUGUUGAGUUAAUAAACUACAGGUUCAUUGUUCACAAAC